GAGCCCAAUGCAGCCACACCCUCGACCUGUGGCGCCCAGACAAAUCGGCCCGGUGUGGCUGUCCGUGAAGCGCAGUUGCCGCCUAGGGUCGGGGGCAGUGGGCAGUGGGCAGUGGGCAGUGGGCCGGGUCGCCGGUACGCCUCGCUGCGAUCUGAGUGUGUGUGUCUGCGGAGAGAGGGGACCGGAAGCUUUCAGCCUCCCGCAGUCGGAUUGCCUGGAAAGGGAAUCGAACCCUCGGUCGCCCGGGCUCUCCUUACUCUCAGCGCUGUCUGUGGUUUCACUUGGAGGAUCCCGUUAGGACUGCUGAGCUUGGAGAACGUGCGUGCACUUUAACUGCUGAGGACGCCUCCUCUUCCAUCUUUUCGCCACUUAGUCUGGACAGAGGAGUGUAUUGUUACUGAAAGGGAAGGGUUGCAGUCUGAUCAACCGAAGCUCAUGUCAACCACAGCCACAUUCCACAGACUCCUGCAUUCCAGUCUGCCAACGAGAAUAUGAGACAAUGUGACAUCUCCAAAUGGAAUUUGCGAUCAGUACAUGGGGACUAAAUCUUAAUUUCAGUUGAUCCAGAUUUGCUGAUUAAUCUUGUUAACCUUUACUGUACUGAUCUUCAUGUCUGGCUUCUCCCACACAAAAUCUCUGAGCCAUGAGGGGGGGAUCUGACUCCCAGAACAUAAAAGGAAGAGUCUAGGAUAAGUAACCAAUUUUGUUGGAUUGACAUUGAGCAGGCAAUGAGGAUCGAGGAUCUCAGUGCUAGGGCUAUAACCUGAGGCUUAGUAAGAGAAAGCUCCCAAAUAAACUGCUCACAAGCAGCCAUUCCUGUGUAGAAGGGAGGGGGAUACGGGUCCCAGUGAAUUAAAUGUUCUGCUCCAGGAGGAGAGACGGCAGGUGGUUGGUUAAUGUGGCAGCGGUUGAUAUCCCAUCCUUAAAGAGGCACGGGCACAUGGAUCACAAUCUGACAUGCCACUCUUGCCAGGCGUUGGCUGUGAUGCACGACAUGAGGCGGGACAAGCAGCUGUGCGACGUGAUGCUGCGCGUGACCCACAACGGGAAGGAGCAAGUGUUUGCUGCUCACCGGCUGGUCCUGGCGGCCAGCAGCCCAGUCUUCAGGGCCAUGUUCACCAGCGACCUGAAGGAGCACCAGGCCUCUGAGGUGAAGCUAGAGGGCGUCGAGCCCAGGGCGAUGGAGACCCUGAUUGAGUUUGCCUACACCUCCCUGAUCUCGGUGGACGAGCAGUGCGUGCAGCAGCUGAUGCUAGCCAGCAGCAUGUACCAAAUGGAGGGUGUGAUCAAUGCCUGCUCCGACUUCCUGGUCAAGAACAUGGACUCAUCCAACGUCAUUGGCAUCUGCCAGUUUGCUGAGCAAAUUGGCUGCACCAAGCUCCACCAGAAGGCCAAGCAGUACGUCAACAUACACUUCACUGAGGUGAUCAAGGAGGAAGAAUUUUUUAACCUGACGCACUGCCAGCUUCUGGAUCUCAUCAGUCAGGAUCAGCUGAAUGUCCUGUGCGAGACUGAAGUCUACAAGGCGUGUAUGGAGUGGGUGCGCUGGGAUCUGGAGGGACGGGCACAGUACUUCCAUGCCCUGCUUAAUGCCCUGCAGAUCUACGCCUUGCCCCUCCGCUUCCUCAAGCACCAGCUGCAAGUGUGCCCGAUCCUGGACAAGCUGAAUCUGUGCCGGGACUUCCUCUCCAAGAUCUUUCAGGAGAUGAAUCUACGCAAGCAGCUGCCCCCCGUCCGGCAGAGGGGGAACAAGCUGAUCUACGUGGCUGGUGGCUACUGGCACCAUUCUGUUGCCAACAUGGAGGCAUUCAGCCCCAGGACAGGACAGUGGCUGAAACUGGCAGAUAUGCCGGUGCCACGGAGCGGGACAGGCACCUGUGUGGUACUGGGGCUCUUUUACACAGUGGGUGGCAGGAAUAACUCGCAGGGCGAGAACGUGGACAUGGACGCGCUGGACUGCUACAACCCCCUGACCAACAAGUGGACCCAGAGGGCACCCAUGAGCGUGCCCAGGAACCGGGUGGGAGUCGGGGUGAUCGACGGAGUCAUCUAUGCUGUCGGUGGCUCCUGUGGCUCCUUGCACCACAGGAGCGCAGAGAAGUAUGACCCAGAAACAAACCAGUGGAAACACAUAGCACCAAUGGGCACACGACGCAUAGGAGCUGGUGUGGCAGUGUGGAAUGGACUCCUCUACGUGGUGGGUGGAUUUGAUGGGAAUAACCGAUUGGACAGUGUGGAAUGUUACUGUCCUGAGAGGGACGAAUGGAGGUCGGUCACCCCAAUGGGAUCUGUUCGUAGUGGAGCUGGUGUUGUCACGUUGGGUAACCAUAUCUACGUUGCUGGUGGUUACGAUGGGCGGGAGCAGAUUUCAUCGGUUGAACGUUACUGCACAGAAGAUGAUAGAUGGGAGUGUGUCGCCAGUAUGAAGCACAGUCGGAGUGCAAUGGGAAUAACUGCGUUUCAGGGAAAGAUUUACACGCUGGGCGGCUUUAACCAGGAAGGGUUCCUGGACAGCGUUGAGUGUUACGACCCAGAGAAGAAUGAGUGGACCGAGGUGACCACCAUGCCAACUGGGCGAAGCGGGCUGGGAGUCGCUGUCACCAUGGAGCCCUGUCCGAGAAACCUGACUCCCACCCAGGCGAUGGAGACGGUUGCCCCCACCCUCAUUCCCGGUUGAUAUUGCGGAAAGUGACUGGGGCUGGCCAUCUCCCCUUCCCUCCUCCGCCAUCCCAGCCCACUCACUGCUCUGGGGCUUCAGACUGUGUGGCUCACCCAGUGUCUGGUGCAGUAUGAAGCCCUUACAGUUAAGGAGGAGCCAAACCAGAAGAGAUCCUUCCCCUGGGACCCAAGGCUCUGCGGUAAACAGGAAAGCAGGAAGCUGAAUUUGGCAGAGAAUGAAACUCUGCUUAAAAGCACCAAUCAGGAUGUGGAAAUGACUGAAGUCUUGUUAUUUUUGUCUAGCCAUUUGAACAGGGGCUGGAGGGAUAUCUGGCAAUAUGAGGCAAAAUUUCCAGGACCGUUGCACAAUAUUGUUAGUAAUUCACCAGCAUAUCUUUACUUCAUUUGUUAAUAUUUUGCACAGUUGUAUAAAGGACUUCCAGUACACCAGGUGAGUGUGAAGAGUGUGGCAGACAGGCCUGGUGAGUUUCGGCUUGAAACAUACAGGCUGUUCGGAUGCCAGUUCUGGAUACAGUCUGCCUCUGCUGCUACUCCAGGUCCCUGACCCACUCUCCGCACUAGGGAGUGAGCCAGGUGCUGAUUUCUGAAUAACCAAGAGUUUCGACAUAUUUGCCACUGCUAUGCUGAAGAAAUGGAUCCCUUAUUUCAGCCCUACGUGACCUGUCUCUCAUUUUGAGACCCUUCAAAUCAACAGCCAAGGGAGAAGUUCUCCUUUUAUCUCCCCUAUUGACAAUCUCAUUGUAAAUACUGUUGAUAACUGUACAUUACUUCAGAGAUAAGUUAUGUUUCUUGUAGAAAAUUUUCAACACUUCAACAAUAAACCAUGAUGUGGAAUU